AUGGCAGAAGAGGGGGCCAUGCUCAAGGUCACUGAGGACCUGAAAGCUGCUGUCUCUGCCAUCCUCCAGGGCUAUGGGGACGGGCAGGGGCCAGUGACAGAUGCCAGUGCCGAGCUGCACAGACUCUGUGGCUGCCUGGAGCUGCUGCUACAGUUUGACCAGAAAGAGCAGAAGAGCUUCCUGGGGUCUCGGAAGGAUUACUGGAACUUUCUCUGCACUGCCCUGCGGAGGCAGCGGGGGGACAUGCAGCCAGCGUGCUUCAUCCAUUCCCUGGACAAGUUGAAGACCCCUCUGGGGAAAGGUCGAGCCUUCAUCCGCUUCUGCCUAGCCCACGGACAGCUGGCCGAGUCUCUGCAACUCUGCCUCCUGGACCCGGAGCUCACCAGGGAAUGGUAUGGACCCUGGAGCCCUCUGUUGUGCCCAGAACUCCGAGAAGACAUCUUGGACUCUCUCUACACUCUCAAUGGGGUGACCUUCAACUUGGACCUGCAAUGGCCAGACCUGGAUGGGGCCUGGCCCAUGUUCUCUGAGUCACGCUGUUCCAAACCUAGCCGGACCCAGGGAAGAAGACCCAGAAAAAACAAAGACACCCCAAAGGUGAUCCCAGUCACCUACGGAGACCCCAAAGGAGUCUGGCUGGAGGAGCCACAUGCCAGUCAAGCCAGCUGCCCACAAAAUGCACCCAAGGGACACCGAUUGGCUGGACCACCAGGAUCCCAGCCACACAAACAUCUUCCCCCCAUUCUGGAACAGAAGAAAAGCAAUUUCAGGAGCCUCAGGCUCCCCCAGAACAUGUGGGAACCAGAGGGGGAGGAGCCUCAGCUGGACCAGGAACAGGAAUCCCCAUGGACUGGGAUCUUCCUGGAGAACUCAACACCUAGCACCCAAGGACAGAGGGAGGGGGCCAUGAGGGCUCAGGAGGAGGAGGUAGGGGUGGAGGCUGAGGGCAGAGGGGUUCUGCUGGGUGUAGAGAGUCAGAGAACCAUAGAGAAAAUUCCUGAAGGGGAAGCAGAGUGGGGUCGUGUCCACAGGCUGCUGGACCCCAGCCCCACACAAACAAGAGAGGCAGCAUCACCAGGGAGCAGGCAGGAGUGGGAGAGGCCUAGCAUUCUGGGGGAGUUCUUGGUCCCUCAGGGUCUGGGAACAAAGGAGGGUUCCACCACAGAGAAGACACAAGAACAGACGGAGGUGACCAGUGUGGCCAGGAGAGAGGAGCAAGCCGAAGUGGCCCUGCGGGCUGUGGUAGAGAGCCUGAGUCUUCAGCACCAGAAGGUCGAGGAGCAGGCCCAGCGCCAGGGGCAGAUGCUGAGAGAGCAGGAGGGGGAGCUGCAGGAUCUUCGGAAACAGCUCAGCAGGUGUCAGGAAGAAAGAACCCAGCUACAGGCACAGCUGGAGCAGAAACAACAGGAGGCUGAGAGGCGGGACGCCAUGUACCAGGAGGAGCUUGGAGGGCAGCAGGACCUGGUCCGAGCCAUGAAGAGGCGGGUGUUGGAACUGAUUCAAGAGAAGGACCAUCUGUGGCAGAGACUCCAGCAUCUCUCUUCUGUGGCCCCUGGGUGUUGUGUCAGCUGUGGCAAGAUCUUUGGCCGACUGUCUCGGCGGUAUCCGUGCAGGCUCUGCGGAGGCCUGCUCUGCCAUGCCUGCUCUGCGGAUUACAAGAAGAGAGAGCGCUGCUGCCCACCCUGUGCCCAGGGAGCCCAGGUCACCCAGGACUAG